GUUUCGCCAGAGACCCCGGAAGAGACGGCUUAUAGUGUUUGCUGAGGUAUCUGGGUUUUGUUGCGGCUUCUAACUCCGGCUUUGGGAUGGGUUGCGACGGAGGCACAAUCCCCAAGAGGCACGAGCUGGUGAAGGGGCCGAAGAAGGUCGAGAAGGUUGACAGAGAUGCUGAACUGGUAGCCCAGUGGAACUACUGUACUCUAAGUCAGGAAAUCCUGAGGCGCCCAAUAGUUGCCUGUGAGCUUGGCAGACUCUAUAACAAAGAUGCUGUCAUCGAGUUUCUGUUGGACAAAUCUGCUGAGAAGGCUCUAGGGAAGGCGGCGUCACACAUUAGAAGCAUCAAGAAUGUGACAGAGCUCAGGCUUUCUGACAACCCUGCCUGGGAAGGAGAUCGAGGGAACACCAAGGGCGACAAGCAUGACGACCUCCAGCGAGCACGGUUCAUCUGUCCUGUGGUGGGCCUGGAGAUGAACGGCCGGCACAGGUUUUGCUUCCUCCGAUGCUGUGGCUGUGUGUUUUCUGAACGAGCCUUGAGGGAGAUAAGAGCUGAAGUCUGUCACACGUGUGGGGCUCCCUUCCAGGAGGAUGACAUCAUUGUGCUCAAUGGCACCAAGGAGGAUGUGGAGAUGCUGAAGAAGAGGAUGGAGGAGAGGAGGCUGAGGGCCAAGCUGGAGAAGAAAACAAAGAAACCGAAGACAGCAGAGUGUGCUUCAGAGUCGGGUAUCACACAAGACUCCGCAGGGCCAUCAAAAGUGAAGGCUGGCAAGCCUGAGGAGGCAGACCCUGAUCCCAGAGAGAGGAAAAGCACCUUGGCUCCCAGGGGCACAGCAACUAACGGGAGUGCUUCUGGGAGAGUCGGCAGGCCCCCCUGUGGGGCCCUGAAGAGGUCCAUCGCAGACAGUGAGGAGUCUGAGACCUACAAGUCCAUCUUCACCAGCCACAGCUCUGCCAAGCGCUCCAAGGAGGAGUCUGCGCACUGGGUCACCCACACGUCCUACUGCUUCUGAAGCAGGCCUGGCCUCGCCACGGGCUUCCCCCUGGCUUCUGUGCCACACUUCCUUGGUGUGGCACUGUGCUAUAAAGCUGUCCUCUGCAAUCCUCGACCGGUGUGGUCACUUGCUGUGAGAUCUUGUGGGUCCUGGGAGUGAGAAGUGGCCGGUGACAUACCUAGUAGCUGUCCACAGGCCCUACACCUCACUUAGCCUGGUGACUCCGCUGCUUAUAUUAGGUAACAAAAGACUAUGGCUCCUCACUGUACACUCGCUCAUUUUCCGAAAUCAUAAUGGGUCAAGGGGUACGGCCCUGAGCUUAGGGACAGAUAUCCAACAGUCUCAGCCCUUGCUCCUCAUGGGGUUCCUCUUGUCUCAUACAAAGACAGCAGAGAGGAAACACACCUGACUGCCUGGUACAAACUGACGUCCUUUUCUCUCCUCUUCCUUCUCUCUCCCUCUCCAGUGACUUGGUAAGAGAAUGGCAGCCGUCCACGUGCCAGUGGCAGGCAGGAACGGUUCCUUUUCCAUGCCCACAGUUAAAAUCGGAAUCUCUGGGACACUUCCUGGGGUGUGAUAGAUCUGCCUCUGUAGGCUGAUUCCAAAACCCUGCUUCUGGGCUGGGCAGAUGGAUUGCUCAGUAGUUAAGGCCCUUGCCAUGAACACUUGUGAACCAGAGUCUUGAUCCCCAGAACCUUUAUAAAAGCCUGUUGAACACUGUAGCCGACGUGGGAGCCCCUGUAAGACAAGGCUGAGUUCAGGGUUUGAGGAGAGCCUGCCUCAGACACCAGCUGGAGUGCUAUUGAGAUUCCCAGUGUCUGCCUCUGGCCUCCACACAUGCCCACAAACUUACAAGCACUUAAAGCCUCUGUUUUCAAACCAAACAUGGUGGCAUGUCUGUAAUCCAAGCCAUCAGAAGACUGCAGCAGAAAGAUCACCAUGAUGUCAAAACUGGCAAGGUUACAUAGCAAGACCUCACCUCAGCAAACAACCCAAGAAAAGCCCCUGCUCCUGCUGCCCUCUGGUUUUCUGCUUGCAGGCUGUGAGGCUUGGCCCCAAAUAGCCUUGUGUGUGUUCUGGGACAGUGCUGGGGGCACUGUGGAAGUGUGCAGCAGGACAGGUCGUGAGUGACCACUGUCCAAGAAAACCUGGGUGCAUGGCCUGUGUACUUAGAAACUUGAAAUAAAGGUUAUAGAAAGA